ACUAUUUCCGGAAAGGGCUUUUAUUUUGACAUUGCCUGCUUUUACCGUAAUACCUACUGAUGCGCACACGAACUACUGAACACCACCACUGCACUAGCCAGUCACAGCGGCAGUGGAGCUCGGGCGGGACACAGCUGUUUUCGGGAUCUGACGCUGGGCGGUCCGGAGCAGCAGAGAAACACAAUAAAAGGGGUUCCUCCCCGCCCCCACCCCCCAGUGUAGGAUCCUCCCCGGCUGCGGGAGACAACCCCCUUCCAGCUCCUUCGCAUGGAGAGAACCGUUGCGCGUACCGAUGCGCCCGGCAGUCCCUGACGCUCGGCGGCGCCUCGGUCGGUGGGAGAGGCUCGAGCCGCGGCCGCGCUCCACGAUGCUGCGCCAGGUGUUGCACGCCGGCCUGAGCGGCGGCUUCCGUGCGCUCGGCCGCUUCGUGGCGAGUCACCCGGUGUUCUUCGCCUCGUCGCCGGUGCUCCUCUCCAUCCUGCUGGGGGCCAGCUUCAGCCGCUACCGCGUGGAGGAGGACGUGGAGAGCCUGCUUGCGCCCAAGCACAGCCUGGCCAAGAUCGAGGGCAACCUGGUGGACAGCCUCUUCCCCAUCAACCACUCCAAGCACGCCCUUUACUCGGACCUGCAAACGCCCGGACGUUACGGGCGCGUCAUCAUCACUGCCCGGCGAGGGAGCGUGCUGGAGCCGCCUCACCUGGACGCUAUACUCGAGCUCCACAGGCUGAUCUACCACAUGCAGGUGACCGUGCCACCAUCAGGCUUCAACUACUCCUUCUCCCACCUGUGUCUCCCUGACGACAAGAACGUCUGCAUUGUCGACGACAUCAUCCGCGCCAUGGAGGAGAUCCAGUCGGCUCGUGCGGCAAACCGCACAACGCCGGCGCUCCGCUACCCAAUCACGCAGCUGGCGGACGGGCGGCAGGCUUAUGUCGGCCACCAGCUGGGCGGCGUGCAAGGCUGGGGGACCAACGGGGUUGUGAGGGGGCAAGGAGUCAGGGGUGAGGGCGUUCGCUCGGCCAAGGCGCUCCAGCUGACCUAUUACCUCCAAGCGCGUGGCAGCCUCAUGGAAGGAGUGGCCGGCCAAUGGGAGAAGGCCUUCCUCGGCGAGCUGCGGCAGUUUGCAGCGCUGCACCCCCAGCUCGACCUCUACCCCGCCACAUCCUCGUCCCUGAGGACAGACUUCCAGUUCUCCUCUGUCCUGGCCCGGCGGCCCCUCUUGGCCAGUUUGGGAAUGUGUGGCGUUCUGGCCGUGCUCUGCUGCUCUAUGAGGGACUGCGUCAGGUCCAAGCCGUGGUUGGGACUGCUGGCGCUGCUGUCGGUCACUCUCUCAGGCUUAACAGCUGCAGGGAUACUCAACCUGAGUGGCUCCACCUACAAUUCCACGUACCUGGGCAUCCCUUUUGUAAUGCUGGGUCACGGCCUCUUCGGUUCCUUCGAGAUGCUGUCAUCAUGGAGACGAACACGUGAGGACCAGCACGUGAAGGAGCGUGUGGCGAGCGUCUUCGAGGACGUCAUGCUGCGCUUCUCCGGCUCGACCAUGCUGCACCUCCUGACGCUGGGCCUGGCCGCUUCGCCGCUCACCAACAUGGAGGUCGUGCGCCUCUUCUGUCGCACCGCCGCCUUGGCGGUCACCGUCGGCUACGUGUACAUGCUGUCCUUCUACAGCUCCUGUCUGGUCUUCACCGGAUACCUGGAGACGGGUUACAGACAUGGCUGCUUUUGCCGUAGGGUCCCAAAGCAGGACCGUCUGGACUCCAAGCCGGCCUGGUACAGGUGUCUGAUGUAUACCCGUUACCAGGAUGAGGCGCAGACAACAGGCACGCCGCACGGGGUCAGUCACUGCCACUCUGGGAACCUCGCUCACACACGCACGUACGUGCAUCCUCGUGCAGCAACCAUCCAUGGUCACAUGACAAACGCCGCACACGCCUCAGAUGCACAUCCUCAGGACUCGCAUCUUUUGCUGGGCUGUGUGAGGCGUUGCUAUGGAGACUGGAUCACUAACACAUAUGUCAAGCCUUUUGUGGUGCUGCUCUAUCUGGUUUACAUCUCCUUUGGACUGAUGGGCUUCCUGCAGGUGACCCAGGGCUCGGACCCCAGUGCCCUGGUCGCCAUGGAUACGGCCACAGUGUCAUACACGCGCGCCCAGCAGCGCUACUUCAGCUCCUACUCCCCAGUCAUUGGCUUCUACAUCUAUGAGAGCGCCCCCUACUGGAACGACUCCGUGCAGCGCGAUCUCCUGGAGUACGCCAAAGGCUUCCAGAGGAUCAGCUGGCUGGAGGCCUACCUGACCUUCCUGUCUGAGCACAACCAGUCCACUAGCCCGCCUCGGGAAAACUUCACCCACACGCUCCGCCACGCCUUCCUCCGAGAGCCGCGCUUCGCCCAUUUUGCAGACGAUAUCAUCUUUGCUGAGCGGGGUCAGGGGGAGGAGCCGGACGUUGCGGCUUCACGCAUCUUCCUGGUCGCUAAGACGACGGAGAACAAGCGGGAGGAGAUGUCGGUGCUGCUGGACACCCUUCGCCGCUUGUCGCUCACCUCCCGAGUUCGAUUUCUCAUCUUUAACCCUUCCUUUGUGUACCUUGACCGCUACGCCACGGCGGUCAGCUCACCUCUGCGUCACUCCUUGCUGGCGGUGCUCUUCCUGCUGGGGUUGUCCUCCCUCGCUGUAGUGGAGCCACUGGUGUCAGUGUGGUUGGGCCUCACCCUGCUCUCGGUCCAGUUCGGCGUGCUGGGUUUCAUGACUUUGUGGGGCGUGGAGCUGGACUGCAUGUCCGUGCUGUGUCUGAUCCUGGCCCUCGGGCACGCCGCAGACUGCAGCGGGCCCCUCCUCUGCAGCUUCGCGGCGGGGAAGGGCGACAGCAGGACCCGCUGGGUGAGGGUGGCCCUGGAGAGACACGGCGUGCCUUCCCUGCAGGCCUUCAUCUGCUAUGCUGCCGCCCUGGUCCCCGUGGGCUCCGUGCGCUCCAACCUGACCCGCACGCUCUUCCGCUGCUUGGCCCUGACGGCGGUCUGCUCUGCGCUGCACACGCUGGCCUUCCUGCCCACCCUCCUCACCUUUCUGCCGCCCUCCAAAAAUCGUGCCCACAGGCCCGCUGGGGGAGAGGCCCCCAGGCAGGAAGUGGAAUGUGUGGAGAUGAAUGACAGCACUCGAGUGGUGGACCAAAUCACCACGGUUUGA